CCUCAGGGCCGAGCUGGCUGGACCGGGCAGAGUGGCCAGUGGGGCCGGAGGCGGCGGGACGCGUCCCUUCUCUCCCUCUCGUCUGCCUCCCAGCGGGAGGGGCUGUGGCUCGUCUCUUGGAGGGGGCGGGGCGGGGGUCCGCGUUGCUACGGAGACGGAGGCGCGCCAGCUGCUCCCGGCCUGGCGGGGCCUACCCCGAGGGGCUCGCGCGGGCGGCGGGACGGAGCGGCCCUUCCGAUGCGGAGAGAGCCGGCGGCCGUGGUGCUCCUGCUCCGCCCGGGCCCCCUUCGACUCUCCGGUCUGGCGCCUCCUUGGCGCCGGCGGACGAAGUUCCCUUAAGCCAGUCCCGACGGCGGGGAGCGGCUGAGCAACUCGGAGCAAGGCUUCCAGGGCUCUGCCGGCAUGGCGUCAUCCCCCCAGGAGAGAGCGGAGUUCCCAGGCAAGACCUGCUGGGCUCUUGGCGCCUGCAAAACUCUGGCCCAAAGACAUCCGAUUUGUCGUCUUCUUAUGGCGGCUUCUGCCUUGUGACCAAUUAAAAUAUCCCGAAUUUUAGGUGAUUAUCAGGUCUACGGGUUGCUGUUUCUGUUCCUCUAAGAAGUAUGGUAUGAAUAUGCGUUGCUUGGCGGCUCGGGUGAACUAUAAGACUUUGAUUGUCAUCUGCCUUUUCUUCUCCUUGGUCACCGUCCUGCUGUGGAAUCGGUGCACCAGUGGAAAAACAGCACCUCUCCUGCAUGACUCGAGCGGCAGCGUGAAAGCGGAUGGCACCGAGAAGCGAGUGGCUGCAUCGGAGAGCAGCCAGUGUGUGAACAGAGCAGCUAAGCCGCAGAGUGAGGAAGCAUCGCCCCAGGAGCAGCAGAAGGCUCCCCCCAUUGUCGGGGGCUUCCAUGGGAACAAAGUCUUGGGGCUGAAAUACGAAGACAUUGACUGUCUAAUCAACGAUGAGCACACUAUUAAAGGCCGAAGGGAAGGCAAUGAGGUCUUUCUGCCUUUCUCAUGGGUGGAGAAGUACUUUGAGGUCUAUGGGAAAAUUGCCCAGUAUGAUGGCUACGACCGGUUUGAGUUCUCCCAUAGUUACUCCAAAGUGUACACCCAGAGAGCCCCCUACCAUCCAGAUGGCGUCUUUAUGUCGUUUGAGGGCUAUAACGUGGAAGUCCGGGACAGAGUGAAGUGCAUCAGCGGCGUUGAAGGUGUGCCGCUUUCCACGCAGUGGGGGCCUCAAGGCUACUUUUACCCCAUCCAGAUUGCGCAAUACGGGCUCAGCCAUUACAGCAAAAAUCUGACUGAGAAACCUCCCCAUGUUGAGGUGUAUGAAACGGCGGAAGAGAGGGAACAGGGCAGCCCGCCAGGCAAAUGGACAGUCCCCAAAGGCUGUUUUGUCACCACGUUGCUGGACAAAUCCAGAUUCACGAAUGUCAAGCAGUUUGUCGUUCCCGAGACCUCGGAGGGAGCGUCUCUCCAGCUGGGGAACGCAAAGGACUUUGUCAUUUCUUUUGACCUUAAGUUAUUAACCAAUGGGAGCGUUUCAGUGGUUCUUGAGACGACUGAGAAGAACCAGCUGUUCACCGUGCACUACAUCUCCAGUUCUCAGUUGAUUGCGUUUAAGGACAGAGACAUUUUCUAUGGCAUCGGGGCCAGGACCGGUUGGAGCACAAUCACACGAGAUCUUGUCACCGAUUUAAGAAAGGGCGUGGGGCUCUCUAACACAAAAGUGGUCAAACAGACCAAAAUUAUGCCCAAGAGAGUGGUGAGGCUGACCGUGAAGGGGAAGGGCUUCAUCGACAACAUCACAAUUUCCACUACUGCCCACAUGGCCGCCUUUUUCGCCGCCAGUGAUUGGCUGGUGAGGAACCAGGAUGAAAAGGGUGGCUGGCCAAUCAUGGUGACCCGGAAGCUAGGAGAAGGGUUUAAGUCUUUGGAUCCAGGUUGGUACUCUGCCAUGGCACAAGGACAGGCGAUCUCCACCUUGAUUAGGGCUUACCUGUUGACGAAGGAGCGCACCUUCCUCGGCUCGGCGCUGCGAGCAACGGCCCCUUACAAGCUCCCGUCGGAGCAAGGUGGCGUGAGGGCUGUCUUCAUGAACAAAUACGACUGGUACGAGGAGUACCCAACCUCGCCCAGCUCCUUCGUUUUAAACGGGUUCAUGUACUCUCUGAUUGGCCUGUACGAUUUAAAGGAGACGGCCGGCGAGAGGCUGGGCAAAGAAGCGCAGCUGCUGUAUGACCAGGGCAUGGGCUCCUUAAAGGCCAUGCUGCCCUUCUACGACACGGGGUCAGGAACCAUCUACGACCUCCGCCACUUCAUGCUGGGCACAGCUCCCAAUUUGGCCCGGUGGGAUUACCACACCACCCACAUCAACCAGCUCCAGCUGCUGAGCACCCUCGACGAGGCCCCCGUGUUCAAAGAGUUUGUCAAGCGGUGGAAGAGCUACCUGAAGGGCGGCCGGGCAAAGCACAAUUAGGCUGAGCUGACAACCCAAACCCCCUUUCCUCGGUCCGCGGUGCUUGGGAGUUGCCGCCUUGAAGAGGGGAGAAGUGGGGCUUUUGGAACAAGGGUGUCUGCUGGGUGGGUGUGUAUGCUUUUUAUUUUAAAAAACAAAAAUGGUUUCGGUUUUCAAAGAAGUGGUCCUUAAAACCCCUUUGUAAUCCAUUGCAUUCCAGAGGAUCAAUAUUUUGGAGGUGGCGCCAGAGCAGGCACCCAAUAAUUGGACGGAAUCAAAACUUGUUUACUUACCACAGUGAUCCAUGAUGAUACUUAAUGCAGAAUAUAGUGUGUUCUUCUGAUUUCCCCUCUUCUUUUAAGAGAAAUUCAUGACCGACUCCCAAUUUUGUUGCCUGGAAUUUUGCAGAAAAAUGAGAAUCCGUUUUCCUUAAAAAGAGGAAAAGCGAGACUUCUUAAAAAAAAAAUGUAGCUUUACAACAGCGUUUCCUGUUUGCUUGUAUUCUCCAGAUUGGUUGGUUAUGUUGAUUAAUUUUUUUCUCCUUGUUGAAAAAAAAAAAUCAAAAUGUUUUGGUUUCUGUAUUGAGGGAUAAAUUCCAACAGUGAUUUUGUUGUUGUCUUUUUAAAAUCUCUUGGGGACGAGACUUUUCCAGGAGUGUUAGUGACCCUCCUUGGAAGCCGAGGGGGCUGUAGAAGUUACACCUCCUGGUGCUUGUCCGCUUCUCCUUUGCCUCUUGGGAGGUUUGCCCCGGGCGUUCCUGGUGGGAUGGUAUCCAUCUGUACGUUUGAAUGUCCUUCGAGCACAACUACGAGCAGGUUGAGUUGAUUGCACAAAUAUCGUAGCCAUUUUGACUGUGUGUCUCCCUUGCCUUGACCUGCAUUCUCCCACCCAAUUUUGAUGCUGUUACUCUUUUACAUGUAACACUGUUUGGUUUUUGUUUUUUUUAUACGUACUGUUGUAUGCAGUUUAUUUUCUUGAGAAAUCUAAACUGUUUCCUUUCAGGCUUGUAUUGAUUGAAAUGUAAUGUAUAUUAUUUGGAAAAAAUAUUUCUCUGAUUUUGUUAGAAUGUCUGAAAUACCACAAAUGUUUGGUUAGUUUGCUUGUUUUCUCUUUGCAGCUUUCUCUUGAUUGAGAAAGUGAGUUGAAUGUUUCUGUACUUUUUAAAUUACCGGUACAUAAUACGAAUCAGAUAUCCGUAAUUUCUAUUGUUCUACAUUUUCCUUCUGCCCAGCCGAUUUUCUAAAGAGUGCUAGCUUUCUCUUAAACCUUACUAUUUGGCAACUGUUAUUUAAACUUCUGUUCCUAAAAUUCUGCCUAAGGACACAUUCUUGAAAAAUUUCCACGGCUAUGUGGAAUUUGUUAGUGUGCUGCCAGAGCAAUUCUGUGAAGUUCACAUGCAUCCCUGUAGAUAUUCUGAAUUGUAGAAUGACCUUGUUUCCUCUCUAAGCAGAGUGAUGGGACUUCCAUGUGACCAUGUGACUACUUAGGGGAAGAAAGGAAGUUGUGUGAGUUACGCCAUCUCUCGCCAAAAUGCCAUUCUCACACUUGAAAUUCUUCUAAUCCGUACCUUGCUUAUGAGCAGCUUUUCUGUGUUUGGCUGUUUCUGUGUAGCUGAUAGAAAGUGAAUCUAUAAAUGAUUUAUUUUUAUAAGUCAUGCUAAGAUGCCUGCCUAAAAAUCAGCUCAAGAGGUCAGCUUUUUUCAUAGAUGUUGAAAUGUCACUGGAUGAUACUUUAGCAGAUUAGCUAAUCUUGACCAAAAUUCAGUUCAUAAGCAGUUCACAAUCCUGUUUAAAAACUUUGCCAGCCUCAGUUCUCAUGCAUCAAAAGCAGAUGCCCUACAUCUCAAAAUUCCUUUUCCAUGUUGCAAAAUGUACAGAAAGAACAAAAGGUGUAUUUUAGUAUUUUUAAAGCUAUGAACAUGUUCUGACAUUUCAUUUCUUUCCCUUAUACAUUUUAAUAUCAACCUCUCUGUUAAAGAGCUGUUGUGAUCUUUUGAUUUCAGCACCCUUCCAGGGGUUCAUCUUUUCUUAUGAUGACACGCCUCAUACAGAGCUAAAAAUAGUUCUCAUUUUUAGGAGUAAUUCCACAGAUCCCGACUAUAAAGCCUCUUUAUUUUUAAGAAUCAGUUAAAAUAUCUAGAGGCAAAAGCUUCUUCCCAAUGUAGCUUCCAGGCACUAUUGGUGCUCCAAUUCCCUGAAUUCAUGAGUGGAGGGGAGAGAGAGAGAUGUGACUGAGGAUUCAGACCUCAGGAAUCCCGCAUGUAGUUCUUGGAAUUUGGGGAGAGGAAUAUAUGGAUUGCAAGGGGGAAGCUGUGAGUAUCUUAUGUAUACAGAACUUCAGAGAGUGAAAAUUUCGUACCGUGGAUGGAAUCGACGUGUAACUUAAUAUGUUUUUAUUAAGAUGGGCACAAAGGGUAACAACAUUUUCUGAUUUGACAGGAUCAAAUAAUUGUGUCCCAGAAACCGUUUCCGGCAGAGUUUAUCCCAUUAUCCCGGUCUCUUCACCACUUCUUCAUUCCUCCCACACCCCUAUCUAGUUCUGUCCAGAGGAAAGCAAAUCCCAUUCGCUGCACAGAACAUGGAUUGCUGCUGGGUUGAAUAGCUGGAGAGCUGUGGACAGAACAUAGAUGAGAUUUGGAGGUGCUCACCCUCGCUGUGAUACCAAAAAAGGACCUUAUAGGAAGUUUUCCCAACAACUGGUUAUGUCUAUAUCCAAGCAAUAUGAUAACUCCCCUUAUUUUUGCAGUUGAUGGCCACUUGGAUUUGAAGCAGUGUGUGCAGGUUUUUUGAUUGUACCGCUUUGUUGAUUUGUUAGUGCCUUAGCUCUCGUGGUCAUUACUCUCACAUGCAUUAAGAAUACUGGACUUGCUCAUUCUGUGGCUUCCUCAUGCAAGCAUCCUUAGGGUGUCCAGGCUUGUAGAGCUUUGACUAGGCCCAUUGGGAUAAUGUUCAACCCUGGCUUAUUGUUCGCAUGAAGGUUCAGUUGUGGCUCCUUCAGUCUUUGAUUAUCAGAGAAAAACCUAAAGGAAUUUUCCCCAGGAGUUUUCAUCAGGUUGAAACAGCUGGAAGAUGACAGGAGAUCCCUUAAAAGAUCAGAGGCAGCGGUUGGCAAAAGCUACACCGACUAUGAACAGGAAUCACCAUGUAUGAUGGGACAGAUUCACCUUAUAUGAGGCUGUCAUCGGAAUGUGGUAUUUUCACUCUUGGCACACUCUUGAUUUGUUACCCUUGUCAAUCUUUGUAAAACUGACAAUUGGUAAUGCUUGUACGAUGCAGCCAGCCAUCUUUCUGCUUUGGAUUUGACCUUAUCAUCACUGGCCUUAGUGAAUUAUGGAUGGUGGGGGUCACUAGAGGCAGCUUGUUCUCCUUGCUUAAGAAAUACCAUAAUUAUAUAACAAAGGGUGUAUGAUAAAGAAUUUCAGGAGACAAAGUAAAUUGUAAAAAAAAAAAAAAAAAGCCAGAGGAAAAGUUAUAGGAAAGCCACGACAUAGUAAUUUCAAGAAUGAGGAUUAUGCCUUUGUGGUCUCAGAUCUUGCAACUUUGCGUCACUGUGCAGACAAGUUUGCGCUGUGUUUAAGGAGACAGUGGCACAAGCACAGCCAGCUUCAUCACACGGCCAUUUCCUGUGCUUAGUGAUCGACCGCAAGCAGGUUUUUCCUCCUCUUGGUUCUUGUGUGUUCCUUUUGUUUUUACUUCCUUUACAUACAGGAUUUACA